AUGGAUAGAUUUGAAGGGAGUCAUUGGAUUCCAAUUGGAUGGGCAAGGAUUCAUGAGCUAGUGCAAACAGUGCAAGUUGAUUCUGGGUGGGCCUCACAGCGAUUUGACUUCAUGGAUGAUGAAGAUGACCUUACUGUUGCAGAUGUAGCAGCUCCUUACUGGGAGCGACCAGCUGGGCCUGUGUGGUGGUGUCAUGUGGCUGCAGGUCACCCAUUCAUUGAUGCUUGGCUCAGAAAUGCUCAGUGGCUGCAUCCGGCUGUUAGUGUUGCUCUAAGGGAUGAAAGUUGCUUAAUUAGUGAGCGGAUGAAAUACCUCCUAUAUGAGGUCCCAGUUAGGGUUGCUGGAGGGCUGUUGUUUGAGCUUUUGGGUCAAUCAGCUGGUGAUCCAUUUGUUGACGAAGAUGACAUUCCCAUUGUGCUUCGUUCUUGGCAAGCUCAAAACUUCCUAAUAUCUGUGUUGCACAUUAAAGGAUCUGCAUCAUGUGUCAAUGUGCUGGGCAUCACAGAAAUUCAGGAACUUCUUUCUGGUGGUGGGUAUAAUACACCAAAGACAAUACAUGAAGUCAUAGCACAUCUGGCUAGCCGCCUUGCUCGAUGGGAUGAUAGACUAUUUCGAAAAUCUAUAUUUGGGGCAGCUGAUGCAGUGGAGUUGAAGUUUAUGAACAGGAGAAGCCAAGAAGAUUUGAAUCUCUUGAGUGUUAUUCUGAACCAAGAAAUCAGAAGAUUAUCAAGACAGGUUAUCAGAGUCAAAUGGUCACUCCAUGCGAGGGAGGAGAUUGUUUUUGAACUUCUCCAACAUUUGAAAGGGGAUGCAACUAAAAGCUUGCUACAGGAUAUAAGAAAGAGUACAAGAGAAAUGAUUGAGGAGCAAGAAGCAAAUCGUGAUCGCUUAUUCACCAUUCAAGACGUCAUGCAGAGUAGUGUCCGUGCAUGGUUGCAGGACAAAAGCCUCCGAGUCACCCACAAUUUGGCCGUCUUUGGCGGAUGUGGCAUGGUUCUUUCCAUUAUAGCUGGGCUGUUUGGAGUCAACCUUGAUGGGAUUCCCGGAGCAGAGAACACACCAUAUGCUUUUGGUCUAUUUUCAGCUCUCCUCUUCUUCAUAGGAUUCGUGCUGAUUGGCGUUGGAUUGCUCUACCUUGGGUUGAAAAAGCCCAUCUCUGAAGAGCAGGUCGAAGUUAGGAAGUUGGAGCUGCAAGAGCUAGUCAACUUGUUCCAGCACGAGGCAGAGACUCAUGCCCAGGUUCAUAAACCUGUUUCCCGGAAUAGCUUGCCCCCGACUGCUGGUGAUCGGUUCCCAGAUGAUGCAGAUUAUGUUCUCAUCGCUUGA